AUGGUUAACAAUAGUAAACCAUCUAUGUUCGCCAACCAACAAGGUCUUGAACAAAUUAAAAAGGUGAUUGACGGUCUGCAAAAAACUCCGUUCACUAACCGACAAUUGAGAGAAGCCGUCGGCCUAAUCAGGCAGGAGCUUAAGGCUCUUAGACAGAAGUUGAAGAAAGAGAAGAUGACUGAGAAAGAUGAUGUGAUAAAUGCUUUGAAUGACUUAAAAAGCUUUGGUCUUGGAGAUAGUGAUUGGACAUUAGGCAACACAAAAUGGAAAACUACGCACAAUUUAAAAAGCAUUGAGAUUGACCUUAGAAAUCAAAAUGCUAUUUUGCCUCAGCAAACAGAAAUAAUUGGCAAGGCUAUAAAAGAAAUUCGUGGACAACUUGCAUCAAUUGGAUACAGGUUGAAUGAUUAUGGAUCAUAUGAUGACGUCGUUGACCAGUUGCAAAGGUUGGCCAAUUACAUCGGUAAAGGCAAAAGCACAAAUGGAUACAGUCUCAAUCUUCAAGCAAUCCACGAUGAAAUUGCAAAGUUACAAUCCGGUGAUUUUACAUCCAAUCCACAAGCCAUAGGGGAAGCCAGCGAGGCAAUCAAGGAUGCACUCAAAGAGCAGAGGAGCACGCUGGACAGUGACGUCAUUGAAAAGCUGGGUGAUUUGAAGGACAAAGGGAUGAGUAACGAGGCAAGUUGGAAUGAUGAUAACAAUGCUAAGGGCUUGGAGAAUAUUGAAAAUGGCCUUCACGCUCAACAAAGUGAGUUGACUGGACAACCCAAGAACAUAGAGCAAGGCGUCACCCAAAUCACCGCGGAGCUUGACGAGCUGAGGAGUGAGUUGCAGGGUAAGGAUGCCGGUGAGCCAAAAGAAAGAGGCGUGAUCAAGAAUAUGGAAUUUAUGAUAAAGAAGAUUGGUAAGGACAAAAAUGAAGGUCUUGAAAAAAUCAAGAAAGACAUUGAAGAUCUCAACAGGGAUACAGUCCCUGACAUCAACAAAUUCCUUGGUGAACUGUGCGCCAAGAUUGCGAGCGAAGCCGGUAGUGUGGAUUGGAAGUUGGGGCUUUUCAAAGAAAAUAACAUCGACAAAGCACUCGAAAAAAUCAAGAGUGACAUCCACGCCCUCCGCACCGGUGACCUCCAGGAGGCCAUCGCCAUGUGCGACAAGUUCCUAACCAACGCCGAUUACAUAAAAUGGGAGAAAGUAGAAAACAUUGAACGCUUCGUAGACAGUGAGAUUGAAAAGGCAAUCGCGGAGCUCAGCAAGCAGGCGCGGCGGGACUACGUGGAGUCCGCCAGGGACGCGCUGAAACACUUCGCCGACAAGGUGGCCGAGGAGCUGGGGGAGCUGCCCGGCGAGAUAAACAGGGAUCUCUUCGUGGGCUUCAAGGGCUUCAUGAAAUACGUGUACGGACAUUUUGAUAACCUCGAAAGCGUGAUGGAAGAGAAGGAAAUUCAAGCAUUGUCCUCCGCGUUCCAGAAUUUCUUCGCGCCGCUCGACGAGUAUCUCCGUGAGGAGAUUGAGAGAGUGAAGAAGCAGAGUGACGACGAAAAGAAUCCCUCACUGCCGAAGUCGGAAGAGCCCUACGCCGCCGAGUGGGACGCCGUGCACAGCGAUGUCAACGCCCUGCUCAAUUACCUCUGCGUGACGCAGGGCUUCGACGACAGGCUGCGAGGCCUGCUCCACAACCUCACCGACGCGCUCACACAGCUGACUCCGCAGUCGUUCCAGAAGCCCUCCACUCCCACGCUGGACUCCGUGAGCAGGGGACUCAGUGCCUUCGUCGGGGAGUUCGGCGGUGCGUACGUCUCUCGCUACUCGGGAGCGCAGUGCCGGGAGGCUGACGCCGACAAGUACGCCAAGGUGUUGCUGAGCAUCAUCCCGAUGACGCACGAGGCGCUUAGCAACUUGGCAGAGAAAUGCGGCAACAACUGGCGAAGCUAUAAGAUAUGCAAGCUCACCGGCGACGACAGGGACAACGGCCUGGGCAACUACCUCACCAAAUGCGGCUUCAAGGUGUCACCCACCGACGGACUCCAGGUGGGGGAAUUGCAAAAUCGUUUUUCGGGCGGCGCAGUUCAUGAGCUACUUGCAUCCCCAGUUGCCGACGUGACCACCAAAAUGCUGGUCGGUGGCAAGCCUGCAGAAAAUGGAAUUAAUGUCGUAGACUUAGUUGCGCUUUUCUAUAACAUGCUUUGUCGCUACCUCCAGGUCUGCCACCUUAAAGUACACGAAUCGCCCAGGUACCCCUGCACGGUGAGGGACAUGUUGUCUUGGCUCUCAGGCCUGCAGUACACUCCGGUGGCGGACAAACUGCCUGACCACUGCAGGGCGUUGCUCAACCGCAAGUGCGACGAUAACGAUGCCCCCAACAGGGACGACGAUGUCAUGGCACAGUGUAUUAAUAGUCUGCCUUAUGUCAUAGCAUCAGCGUGUUCACACGCCGACUCUCUGCUAAUCGCAAUCCAGGGCCACGGCCGCGGCUUUGACCUCGCCGCCUACCCCUACUCCGUCGACUUCGCCAACAACACCGCACAGCUGUACUACCCGGCCGACCCCGACGAGCUGCUUGAUAUGCUGAGACAGAUAGUCUGCCGUCUGUGCCCCGUGCUGUAUUUCCUCUACGCCCAGUGCUGCCGUGCCACCGCCACAACCAAGGGCUGGCGGGAGUGCCACUACGGUCGGCAGGUGCCGUCCUCCCACUGGCAAUGUAACACUCUCGACAAGCAGCCCGAUGACGCAACUCACAACUGCCCGCCCACCUCGCCGCUCCAGUCCUUCCUCACCGACAGCUGUCCCAGCCUCCUGCCGCAUAAGCUCAGUGUAGUUGACAAUGCCAUCGAAUGCGUCGACUGCCCCGGCAAUCAACCCGGCCAGCAGUGCCUCACCCCGCUCGGCUUCUGGGACCUUGGACUCGCUGCCUCCAUGGCACGCUCCGGCAGGGAACUUGCGAAGUCACUCGGCCGUCUCUGCAGUGACGCCGACGCCUGCCUCUUCCAACUCUGCCGAACGCUGCGCUUGCUGUGCCCCUCAGCACCGCAGUCACUCGGCGACGUGUUCGCGCUGUUCAGUCAUCUGCUGAGAAUGUGGAACCACGAAUCGUCCCGGCGUGCGUACUCUCACCAUGAGAGUUACCAAACGCACCUGAACGGUGAGGCCAUCGACAAGCUGUUCCCUCUGUGGACACAGCUCCACGGCAGUUACCAGAACAGCAAUCUCACCAACGCGCUCAAGGCACUCGCCGGGCACGACCAUGACAACUCAGGGCACAAUGCCCUCUCAUGUCUCUCCGCCGAGCCCCCUUGUCAAUCACCCAGUGGAUGCGCCCCCUUCCUCCAGCCGCUGGCGCUGCACGCCAACCACACCUUCCCGCAGAAGCACGCACAGCUGUAUAUCUCGGGUAGUGUGGCUGGCAUGGCAGUUAUGGGAUCUGCUGGAGUCCCUGCUAGAAGCCUUGUCCAACAUCGACUGCACGGCCCACGGCUGCGCCACGUGCCUCUGUCAGCCAGGCAACCACGGCGACACGGACGCCUGCCACUGCCCGUCACUCGUCGAAUGCGGCGGACCCCUGCCGACGCUCUACCGCUACGGAUUCACAUACCGCAACGCCCACGCCCUGCUCGCCGGCAGCCAGAAGAUACGGUGCAGUGA